AUGAGAGUUACACAGAAGCAGCUACAGAUUUCAUUCCAGCUUUCAAACAGCACGUCUACACCAACCAGAAGCCUAUCUAGAAGCCUCUGCAGGCGUAGCAAGCAGUUUAGUACAUCCACAAAAUUAUCAUUCAGAUCAACGUCUCCAUCUUUACAGACCAAAGACCCUUAUCAAGUACUUGGUGUUAACAAAGAUGCUCCCACUUCUGAAAUCAAGAAAUCCUUCUACCAACUUGCUAGAAAAUUCCACCCUGACACCAACAAAGAUCCAAACGCUAAAGAAAAAUUCGUUGAAAUCCAAUCCGCUUGGGAAACUUUAUCCGACGAUACAAAGAGGAAGAACUACGAUCAAUUCGGUCCUGCCUCUCAACAACAAGGCUUUGAUCCAAACAUGUAUGGCAGCCGCGGUGGUCCUUUCGGUGGUGCAGGUGGUUUUGGUGGCUUUGGUGAUGCUUUCGGUGGUGGUUUCCCAUUCGGUGGCGGUGGCAGCUUUGGCGGUGGCUUCGGUGGUGGCAAUGCAUCUGAUCUCUUUGAACAGCUUUUCGGAAGUGGGGCUGGCGGUGGUGGUAGAGGUGGCUUCGGUGGCAGCACAGUCACUCGCGGCGACGACAUUGAGCUCAACGUAAAUAUUCCCUUCCUCGACGCUGCUAAAGGCAAGACAGUAAAUCUGGACACUAAACCACUCAAAAACUGUGGCACUUGCAAAGGUAAUGGUCUUAAAAGAGGUAAAUCUAGAUCAACAUGCAAGGCGUGCAACGGUAUGGGUACGCGCACUUUCGUUAUCCAGGGCGGUUUCCAGGUUGCAUCUACUUGUCAAGUCUGUCAAGGUUCCGGUUCUUCCAUCAAGAAAGGCGAUGAGUGCGAUAGCUGUGAUGGUGUAGGUAAAGUACGUGGUAAGGGUGCAGUCGAAGUGAAGAUUCCUGCCGGUGUAGAAGAUGGAAUGAGAGUUAAAGUGAGUGGUAAAGGAGACGCACCAAUAAGCGGCGAUGGUCCUACUGGUGAUUUAUUCGUGCGGAUCGGUGUCUCACCAAGCAAAGAUUUCAGCAGACAGGGCAUGCAUCUAUUCCAUAAUGCUAAAGUACCUCUUCACGUCGCAAUGCUCGGUGGGAGACUGAGAAUACCUACGCUAGAUGGCGAGGUUGAUAUACGCGUGCCUAGUGGUACACAGCCCGGUGAAGAGAUGGUGCUUAGAGGCAAGGGUGUGCCUAGGAUCGGCAGAGGUGGCGAGAAGGGAGAUCUGAUGGUCGGAUUCCAGGUACAGGUCCCUCGCAACCUCACACCAUUACAAAGAGAGAUCGUUGAAGAGUUUUCUGAUGUCACUGAAGGCAACGCCGUGCGGAGAAAGUAUCCAAGCGUGACUGAGGAAGUGAGGAAGGCGCAGGAGAGCAAAGGGGUGAAGGAGGUAAACGCAGGGGAGAAGGAUGACAUAGAUAAGAAAGACGAUGCAGAUUCGUCAGACGCAAAGGCAACAGAUGGAGACGGAGAUGUAAAUAGAAACUCAUCAAACUCAUCAAACUCAUCACUAUGGGGAAAAAUCAAAGACAACUUCUGCGCAAACGACAAGGAGAAGGAAGAAACCCAAGGGAAAGAUAAAAAAUAG